CGCGUCGCUGGCUGCAUAGAAACCUCAAGACGCAUCCUUGUCUUGCCCCCAAGCCAACAUGCGUCUCUCCCUCUCUGCAGCCGUUGUCGCCGCCCUGGUGCUGAGCGUGCUCGCUACGCCCACCCCUCGGGGAGGCCUGCGACUGUUUGAGAAGCGCGAUGAGCUGCCUAGCGACUUCGUUAGGAACGGUGCCGCUGCGCCCGACACGAAGCUCGAUAUGCGCAUCGCGCUCAAGAUGGCGGACCGCGACGGCCUCGAAGCCGCGUUGUUCGACGUCAGCACGCCGUCGAGCGACAACUACGGGAAGCACCUAUCGCAGGAUCAGGUUAAAGCCUAUGCCGCUCCGUCCGCCGAGACCAUGAGCACGAUCAGCGACUGGCUCAAGUCAGAAGGCAUCAACUUCGACGUGAACGGGGAGUACGGCGACUGGGUCUCCUUCAGCAUCCCCGUCUCCCAGGCGAACGACCUCUUCGGCGCGUCGUACGAGAACUUUGUGCACGUGCCCAGCGACACAACCCAGGUCCGCACGCUCGCCUUCUCCCUCCCCGAAGCGCUGCACGACGUCGUCGACGCCGUGUACCCGACCACGAGCAUCGUCCGGCCGCACACCGGGCCCGUGCGCAUGGUUGAGGCGCAGCUGCAGCCGACGAGCGACAUCGCCCCGGGCUCGGACGCGAGCGUGCCCUCGUCAUGCAACUCGCAGAUCACACCGGCGUGCUUGCAGGCGCUUUACGGCAUCCCGACGACGGCCGCGACGCAGUCCAGCAAUGUCCUCGGUGUCACGGGCUUCAUUGAGCAGUACGCGCAGCAGGCGGAUCUCUCGCAGUUCUUGUCGCUCUUCCGCAAGGACCUGCCUUCGAACACAAGCUUCACUCUCCAGACGCUGGACGGUGGCUCAAACCCGCAGGGCAGCCGCUACGCGGGUACUGAGGCUGACCUCGACAUUGAGUACACCGUUGGUAUCGCCACGAAGGUCCCCACCACCUUCAUCUCGGUUGGCGAGAACAACGCCGAUGGCGUAUCUGGCUUCCUAGACAUCAUCCAGACCCUCACUAGCGAGAGCAACCCCCCGCAGGUUUUGACGACGAGCUAUGGCUUCAACGAGCCUGACCUUGGUUCCUCUUUGGCUACGCGGAUUUGCGAUGCGUACAUGACCCUGGGAGCGCGUGGCGUGUCAUUGUUGUUCUCGUCCGGAGACGGCGGUGUGUCCGGCAGCCAGUCCCAGAGCUGCACUACCUUCAUCCCUACGUUCCCUGGAACUUGCCCUUACAUCACGUCUGUCGGCGGCACCAUCAACGUUCCCGAAACCGCCGUCGACUUCAGCGGCGGAGGCUUCUCCCGAUACUUCAACCGCACCGACUACCAGGCCGACGCUGUUGAGGCCUACCUCUCCACCCUCGGCAGCACGAACUCGGGCAAGUACACCUCCACCGGCCGCGCCUUCCCCGACGUCGCGGCCAUGGGCGACAACGUCGCGAUCGUGUACCAGGGCGGCACGUACCUCAUCGGCGGCACGUCGGCGUCGUGCCCCAUCUUUGCGAGCGUCAUCUCGCUGAUCAACGACCGCCUGAUUGCGGCGGGCAAGUCGCCGCUUGGCUUCCUGAACCCUUGGGUCUACGAGAACCCUCAGGCUUUCAACGAUAUUGCUACGGGAAGCAACCCUGGCUGCAACACCGACGGUUUCCCGUCCGUCGCCGGCUGGGACCCCGUCACCGGUUUGGGCACGCCCAACUUCGACGCUAUGCUCAGCGCCGCAGGGCUGUAGAAUAUGUAACGAUGGACAUGAACAAUGUAUAGGGUUGUGUUUGUUGUACAUUUUGGGUAAUGAGAAUUACACGACGGACUCGCCGUUCUCUGUUCCAUCGCGGUCGUUCGAAGACAGCUUGACAAUCCUGGUGCGCCUCACCUCGAGGGCGUCUUGACCAAAGUACCGGGGGGUCUCGAAGCUCCAGUCAAUAUUGCCGCGAAGCCAGCAUCCGAUACCAUUCACAUAUCGCGCCACCGCCACGUCCGUUUCCGGAUCCCAGGAUGGCAAGUUCUUCCGGCCAUGCUCGUAUUGGCUGAAGAGUCGCGUGUAAACCUCGCCAACGUAGUCCGCAGCGCCCUGAAUGUCAAGGC